AGGAAGGGGCGUGGCUACACCACUAGCAGACCCCCCCGCCUCAAACAGCAUCACUCGGAGAUGGCUCUGCAGUGGAUCUACAUCCUGACACUGCUCCUGUUGGACCACAAAUGCACCGACGCGGCCGUGCACACCCUCAAAGAAGGGCAGGCGUUUCCCAUCGAGUGCGUGCCCUCCGAGACGGGCAGUAUGGUGGUCUGGUUCCGAGUGCUGGACGGAUCGGGCGUGGACUUCAUCGCAUCUUUCUCCAACCAGGGCAUGAUCAAGUCCGAGGGCGCCUCGUACUCCGGCACGUUCGCUGGUAAAAGUAUGGCCAACAACGUCAUGACCGUGGCUUCCUUCAGCAGAGAUCGUGACAGCGGCCUUUACAGCUGCGCCUCUCUUAAAAACAACCAGCUGCUGUUUGGUGCCGUCACGCGACUGCAGGGAGAAAAAACCGAGGCCGCUUUAAAGGAAACUCCUGCCCCCGCCGUCAAAGCCACCGCCGCCUCGCCGUGUGUUUGCCACACAACUCCAAAGGAAGACGACCUGCUUUGUAGUCCCACUGUUCUUAUUCCACUAGCGGGCAGCUGCGUGCUUCUAGUCCUGAUCAUCCUCAUCCUCAUCGUCUACUGCAACCAAGUGAGGACACGCAGGUGCCCGCAUCAUUACAAGAGGAGGCCGCAGAAGAUGGCAGCUGUAAAAAAACAACCAGCGCAGCACACUUGAACUUCCUUCUACUAAUUUAAGUGAAGCAAACACAUUCUCUCCAAAUGUGUGUCUGCCCCACGGACAUUUUAUUUGUCAUUUCAAAAAAAAUUGUUCACUAAAAAACCCCAAUCUGUAUUUCUCAGGAGUGUUAAAACAUUUCCAGUUAAAUAGAAUUGAUGUAUAUUGUUUUCCAUUUUAGUAGCAUUUCUCUCAUACAUUUCUUAGUUUUGCAUUUUCAUUGUGCCUUCAGUUCAGUGGAGUUUCACUUUAUGUGGAACACGCAUGCGAUACCAUGUAGUGCAUCACUUGUUUCAGGACAGCACCACCCAAAAGAAGAUGAUCUUAUUUAAUCCUACACUUUUUCACACCAUAGCAAUUUCAUCCCAUUUCCUUGUUCUCUGUAACGGAACAGUGAAUAAAUCAAUAAUAUACCAUAGUAAGUAAACAAAUAUUAAAUACAUAAAUAAUCUUCAUCUCAAAAAAUAAAGUGUUGAAGAUGUUCUUGUUGUGUGUAGUAUGUGAACACUUGUAGUUUCAACAGUCUCUUAAAGGGAAUUAUAUUUCAUUUCUGUGGUUAAUCCAUCCCAUCAUUUAAUUCACAAACUGAUAUACUAAAGGUUUUAAGUGUUGUACGUGCAUACACAUGUUUUAAAUGACAUUUUCCUCUUUAGUUGAGAAGAACUGUUGUAGAUCCGGCCCGCGAAUGAAUGAUCUACGGCCCCCAGGGGCCCCAACAAGGCAUGCAAAUGGGGUCCCACAGUAAGUUUCUGAGGUCCCACUUUUUUGUAAGCGUUUUGAAAACAAAUGAUAAAUGUAUGCAUUAUGCUGUUAUAUCUCACAGUCUAUAUUGUCUUUUGGAAAAAGGUGGUCAUAAACGUUACUUCAUUCAUUCAAAAAAAUAUAAUACAAAAGAAAAUCAUUUUUUUAUGCAUAUGUAAAUGUAUUCAGUUAUAAACAUUCAUUCACUUUCUUCUUUCCUUCAUGGAUAUAAACUUUACUUUGUUCUAAUAUUUUUAUUGUAAUAUUUUCAGACUGUGUUUGUUCUAUUUUUGGCCAAAGUAAGACAAAGAAAACAAUCUGAAGUUGUCUUUAUUUUGUAGUUUAAAAGCCAGGAUUGUGUGCACAGAUGUUCCUCCAUGCGGCCCCUGAGCUAAAAUGACUUGGACAGCCCUGUGCUCAAGGUUUUAAGUGUUGUACGUGCAGACACAUGUUUUAAGUUAUAGUUCUCCUCUUUUGUUGAGAAGAAUUGUUGUACAUUCUUG